AUGAAAGAGCUCUUCUGGGCGGCGCGGCACGGCAGGGUGGCCGAGAUUGGCGAGGCUCUCGCCGCCGGCGCCGACAUCGACUGGCGUCACCCGGUCGAUGGCCGCACUCCGCUCGGCGCCGCCGCAGCCUUUGACCAGCUCGAGGCGCUCGAGGCACUCCUCGCCGGCGGCGCGGCGUUGGAGGCGCGCGAGUCCGAGACGGGACUGACGCCGCUCGGGGUUGCGGUCCUCGAGGGAUCGGCGCGCUGCCUCGGCGCGCUGCUGCGAGCUGGCGCCGAUGUCGACGCGACGGAUGCCGACGGGUGGACGCCACUGAUGCACGCGGCGGCGCGGAACCAGCUGUUCGAGGCGCAGAGCCUCAAGGCUGCGGGCGCCUCGCUCGGGGCCAACGUGGACGGUGUCGGCGCGCGGGAGCUCGCCGCCUCCGAGGGCCACGACGCAGUGCUUGCGCUCCUCAGCCAGGCGCAGCCGCCAUCCGCCGCCAAGCUCGAGUCCAGCGGGCCCGCCGCGGCGGCCACGACGCCGCAGCUCACCGACAGCGGCGCGGCUGUGAUGGCUUCGGCGCCCAUCGCCGCACUUUUGCAGGAGGGUGUGGUGGGCGAUGCGGCCUUAGCCGCUUCUGCGGCCGUCGCCGGCGCCGCCAUGAGCGGCGGCGACGGCGGCACUUGCGCGUCGACGGCCGAAGGCGCGGCGGCCAACGGCGCGUCCACAUGCGUCGACGCCGGCGCGGCUGGCGGCGAGCGCGGCGUGAAGCGGGCGCGGUGUGCGGCGCCGGUGAGCGGGCAGGCGGCGGCCAUGGCGGUGGAGGUUCUACAGGACGGGGACGACAUCGUCGUGCAGCUGCACAGCAACGACAUCGCGCGCUUGUCGAUCAGCAUUGCCGCAAACGGCGAGUGGCAGGCGCAGCGACUGCCCCCCCUCUGGCCCUCCCCUCCACCCUCCCCUGACGCCCCCUCGCUGCGG